AUGCCUGCCUCAACUAGAAGCAGGGGACCCAGUAAUUCUGGGACAACGAACCAGAAGGCCCAAAAGGCGACUCGAGGAAAGUCAACAUCAUCCACCAACAGCAACGCCAAGAAGGUUCCGAGGUCUAGGACAUUCACCGGUUGCCGCACCUGCAGGAGUAGGCAUCUGAAGUGUGACGAAGCCCGUCCAGUAUGCUCGUCCUGCCGUCGUCUCAACUUGGUUUGCGAGGGUUAUGACGGCCAGCUUCUGUGGGUUCCGGAUCCCCUCUGCUCGGCCUCCACGGAGAACAAACAUGCCUCUUCAUCGCACCGCGGUACAUCAUAUCGAUAUCCACUGUUUACCGAAGAUGAGCGCAGCUCGAUGGCCGUCGAGAUUGUUGAGAGUAUGCGAGGCUGCUCUGCUGGCGACAUUGUGCUCGAUCUUGAUGAAAAGGUCAUCCGUGGUGUCGAAGAGGAUGUGUGUCUUGUCGGACCCUUCGGCGUCUUUAGAGCGUUCGAUGGAGGCCCCACCGGGGAGUCUGACAAGCUUCCUUCCUCCCCCCAACUGCAGCACUCCGACAGUUCUCCCAACACAUCAUCCACUGAGGUCUUGCCUGAUCUAGUCGAUGGUGACUUGUUGGAUGAGGACAUCGAAGAAGUCGUGAUAGAGCCUUGGUCAAUUCAGGAAGACCAUCUGCCAAUGGAACCUUCCUUCAUAACCGGUCCUUUUGACAUCUUCGGAGCAGACAUGUUGAUGAAUCUCAGCCAACCGUGGAUGCAUGGUGAAGGCACCGGCAGUCUUACUCACAUGAUGUCAAUGGACGGCUCUCUGCCAACACUAGAUCUCUUUUUCUCCCCUACCUCACCACGGACGCCCGCAAUGGCUCAUACAGAGCUUUUACCCACUGAUCAAACAGCUCAGCAAGAAGAGUUGGCCCAACCACAGGAGGAAUCCAACAUUGUCACAAGCUCGUCAUCAGCCGACGAGGCCAACUUGUCCGUCUCACACAAAGUCCCCACCCCUCUUACUAACAAACCCGGUGCGGCACCAUGCCUACCGACACAUGCCGCCUCCCUCUUACGAUAUUAUAAGUCUAUCGACUCAUCAUCGUCAGUCAAAGGCAUGAGGAUAUCACCAUGGCAGCUCUGGCUACUACCUUGCGCGCUUGAAACCUUUGCCGAGCUGUCCCUAUGGAACACCACUUCCCACACCAGGCAUAGUAUUCUGUGCACAUUAUUGGCUAGGAGUGCCUUUCACUUGCAUCGAUCGUUGAAGGACGAUCAUAAGACGUCGACCAAUUGGUUGGAAAUAGGUCUGGACUAUCAAAAGAGUGCACAGUCACAUCUGAAACUGGCACUACAAAGCGAGUCUGAUGAACCAAAUCAGGCGAAAUACAACGAGAUUCUCAUGGCCAUACUUGCCACGGCCAUGGUAUCCGUACUCUACAACGGCUCUCGCGCGGUCAAAAUCUUCCUACUCGACGCCGAGCGUCUAAUUCGCCUACGCGGGCUUUCGAUGCCCAGAUCCUUCAACGUCCGCGUCUUACACCACGUCUACACCCACCUUCGCGUCAUUGCAGAAAGCACUGAUAUUGCAACUGAAACUUUUUCCAAGCCCAGUCAAGCAAUCUCGACAAAAUCUCAAGCACAGGCUGCAACCGAGAUGGCCGUCUCGCUCCGCAAGUUCCGCAUCGCGGAGGAUUCUCUGGGUGCCGAUCUGGACAUCUCCAGAGAAAAGCCCGCCGAAGUGGGCUACGCGGACAUACAUCUCGACGUAUCAGGCCACUGGCCCGUCACCAUGUACCCCGAUAUUUACGGCGUGCCGGAGUCUCUCAUGACUCUCCUGUCACAGACCAUCAGCUUCGCCAACGAAAGGUCAAAGUUGGAGGCUAUUGCCAUGUACGACCACCGUGUCGCAGCUGCUUUGUCGAGGCAUAUCAAAAUGCUGGAACAGCAGAUCUGGUCCUGGUCGCUUGACUCGUCUGGCGUACACAACGGGCCCAGCAGGCCUCAGGAGCUCACAAACGGAAACACGAGGCUUGUCGAUCAUCCGGUCAUCAGAUCGCUGACACUGGCGAUGCAUCAAGCUUUGAUCAUUUACUUUUACCGGAGGGUAUAUAACAUGAGCGCCAUGGUGAUACAAGAUGCCGUCCGUAAAACGCUAGACUUUAUAGAACCCUGCCUCGAGGAGAUGGCAGAGGACCACGAUUUCGCGACGAGCAUCGGAUGGGCUGGGUUCAUCGCCGCGUGUGAGGCCACCACGCCUGACCUCCAGGAGCGAGGGCGGGUUAUACUUGAGUCGAUUGAUGCUCAGGGUGUUAUUUUUGGUGUUGAUAAGCCGAGUGUGUUGGCUCAAAGCGUAUGGGAGCAGAGGACGGCGACGGGGGAUUGGACUUUGAGUUGGCCAGAUUUGAUGAAAACUCUAGCGAAAUAG